GGAGGUACUGGAUCUGAUCGCUAUAUGGGGAGAGGAUUCAGUGCUAACAGAACUCCAUUCCAAAAGACGAAAUGAAAAAAUAUUUGAAAAAAUUUCCAAGGCUAUGAUGGAAAAAGGCCACUCCAGGGACUCAGUGCAGUGCAGAGUGCAAGUUAAGGAGCUCAGACAAGCGUACCAGAAAACCAAAGCAGCAAACGGAAGGUCCGGGUCAGGGCCGAAAACAUGCCCCUUCUACACUGUGCUGCAUGCAAUUUUAGGGGGCUGCGCCGCCACCACCACCCCACCCCUGUCCGUGGAUUCCGAGGUGGGGGUUGUAAUCUCAACCAUGGCUGAGGAUUCUGCAAAGGGGAAGGAGGAAGAGGAGGACGACCUUGCAGCGAGCACACAGCACUCCAUUAGCCCCAACAGCCAGGAGCUUUUUGUGACCCAGACGGAAUUACCCUCCCAGGCCACUAGCCCAGACAGUGAAGCCAUGGAAGCGACCUCUGCUGCACAUUUUUCAAGCCUCCCUACUCCAUCCCGAAGGCUAUCUCAGAUAAGGCGGAAGAAAAAGAAGACGCAAGAUGAAAUGUUCUUGGAAAUCAUGGAAGUAACUUGCAGUGAAAGAGCUCAUCUGAAUGAGUGGAAGGAUAUGGUAGCAAAGUACAGGAAAGAUGCCAGUGAACGUGAGGAUAGGAGGGACCAAUGUGAGGAUAGGAGAGACGCUCUAGAUGAGAGGUGGCAGCAGGAAGAUUAGAGGUGU